ACGGAUCCAUUCCGAGCGCAUCUCAUUGCUUUACUUUCUAUUUACGCUCUUGGCGCACCGAGUGCCCCAGUUCCCAUGUACGAUGGCCCUAGCGAUUGGGGAACCAGCGCGAUUCUACGUUCCCUGGAAGACUUUGCCAACCGUAUGUACGCUGCCGAGCAUGCUCUCAGCGGCGUU